AUGAAGCACAAACGAGCAAUCCGUCUCCUGGUACCUGACCGUCCUUUGAGGGCAGGAAGCGUAAGAAACCCAAAAAAAAAACCACCACCUUUCUCUUUUUCUCCUCCCAAGGAAUUGGUGGAAUUGUCAUUGCGGAUUCCGAAUGCGGUGCAGAUUUUGGAGUCAAAUGCGGUAUUUGAGGGAGUCUGCCGCGCCACAUUCUCCGGUCAAGAUUCUCAACACACUCUGAUCAAGGAAAAAUUGCACAUUCCAUUCUCGGCUAUUCAACUAGCUACUACCAAGGCAAAGCCAAAUCUAGGUUAUUUUAGAAAGUUUUUAGUGUUUCAGGGCGUUGAUGUGAUUCCAGAAGGACAUCAUCGACUUCCGAUCUUUCUGAAUGUUCCACAUCAUAUGCCAGGAACGUUCAAUGGGAAGUUUGGAGCUAUUGUUUACCGAUUCUUGGUCAAGCUGAAAGUGAAAAGAUUCUCAUCGGGAGACGAGGGAACAAUCGAGUGUGAAAAGGCUGUUGAUGUGUUGGGAAGGGUUUCAUUGGAUCAGCAACCAUCGUUUGCUCAACCUGUAUCCAUUGAUAGACAUGUCAAGAAGAAGGCAUUCUUCAUGAAUCGUCUCGAAGCUCAUAUCAAAUUCGAAAUCGAACGAGCUGCAUAUACCGUUGGGGAGCAUAUUCUGGUGGCUGGAGAAAUCAAAAAUGAGCAUUUGAGUAACCCGAUCAAGCAUGCCAGUUUGGAACUGAGACAACACAUUUUGUAUCAAUCUGGUGAUGCUCAGAGAAGCGACUCCCGCCUGAUCACCAAACUGAUUUUGGGAUCGGUUCCACCAAAUGAGUCGUUUGCAGUUUUCCAUUCUUUCCAAGUUCCAUUCGACUGCUAUCCAUCGCUCUGUUGGAAUGGAAACCCGGUCCAGGUUACCUAUGAACUCCUGCUCACCAACACUGGUUGCUUCGAAAUCGGAACACCAGUCUUCCUCGGAAACUGCGGAUCCCCAAGUGCCAGUCGCAGAAGCUUGAUGUACCCCGAAUCAACAUCCGUCGGUGGAGAUGCUCCAAGUACCACCUACUACUGUACCCCGCCUACCGAGAUGAGCUUCUCUGCGGAUCCACCACCAUACUCCACCUUCGGAAAAGCUGAUCCAGUAUUCAUCCCAAUCCAUAUGCUCAAAACUCCAUACCGCCCAUUUGCUCCAACAUAUCAUAUGCCUGGAAUGUUCCAUCCACAAGGACCACCGAAAUAUGAUUACAAUUAUAAUCAUCGCAUGGCGCCCGAGUCUCCGCCACCACCAAGAUUUUUGAAAAUUGAGGAGAUUGAAUAA